AUGUCACUUAUAAAUGAACGACUCGAAAUGAUUGAUAGUACUAUGUGGGCAAAUGCAUGUCGGCAUGUUGAAGACACAGAAAAACAGUAUUUGCAAUAUUUUGACAUGGACUUUGAAUUUAUUAUUUCUGUUAAUGACUCUGAUUCAGAUGAAAGUGAAUCUAUGGAGAUGAGGGCUCGGAAACGUAAUUGUCAAGAUUUGGAGUGUAGCGAUGGGAAUUCACCGGAUACACCAAGUGCAAGCAGCUCUAUACCGCAGCCUGUACGUGCUACUCCUGCACAGGAUAAGUUGAAGAAUCAGAUUUCCUUUCUUCAAAUGGAACUUGACUUAGCUAUUCGUCGUAGGGAUUCUCUGUGCGUCAGUGAAAAUGAGACGCGUGAUGUAACGAAACUGCGCCGAGAAACUGAUAAAUGCACAAAAGAACUACGGAAGAAGGAUUAUCAAUAA